AAAGGAAAAGGAAUAUAAAUUGGAAGCUUUAAAUCGAUCCUAAACCUUUUGAGAUUCCCAAUUUGCACCACGCCACCACCCCCCAGAUCUCAAUCAUCGAAUCCAGUCGAAAAAGAAGAAAGAGAUUACAGCGAAGAAGAUGGCAACUCCCGACGAAAGUCCUUCUGCGAAGAGGUGGCUUCCUCUCGAGGCUAAUCCUGAUGUCAUGAACCAGUUUCUUUGGGGGCUUGGUCUUCCGGUGGAGGAAGCUGAAUGUAAUGAUGUUUUUGGCCUGGAUGAGGAGCUCUUGGCAAUGGUCCCGCAGCCUGUACUUGCUGUGCUGUUUCUUUAUCCAAUAACUUCUCAGACUGAAGAGGAGAGAAUUCUGCAGGACAAUGAGAAAAGUGAAUCUAGCAACAAAGUUUAUUUCAUGAAACAAACUGUUGGGAAUGCUUGUGGAACAAUUGGACUUCUCCAUGCUGUUGGAAAUAUCACUUCAGAAAUCAAGCUUUCUGAAGGAUCAUUCUUGGAUAGAUUUUUCAAAUCUACUGCAAACAUGGAUCCAUCAGAGCGUGCAGCAUUUCUUGAGAAUGACAGAGAAAUGGAAGUUGCUCAUUCUGUAGCAGCUACUGCUGGUGAAACAGAGGCUUCAGAAAAUGUGGACACUCACUUUAUCUGCUUCACAUGUGUGGAUGAGCAACUUUAUGAGCUUGAUGGAAGGAGGUCAGGGCCAAUUUCACACGGUGCUUCCUCACCAAGCACCUUAUUGCAGGACACAGCCAAAGUCAUACAAGGUGUGAUCCAGAAAAAUCCAGAGUCACUCAACUUCAACGUUAUUGCUAUUUCAAAAAAGUCGUAGGUGCAUCUUAUAAUUGAUCAAGACCUUCAAACUGAAAAGUUUUUGGUGUUAGACUAUCCUUGAUAUGGUUGGCAGGCAUGUAAGACUUCCUAUCCUCUUUAAAAGUUUUACAUGCAAGGCAUCUUGGAAUAAUCUCAUAGAACUGUUGGUAUGAUUUGAAUGGCAUUAAUUAGGAGAUGCAGCUUGCUGUGAUCUUAAUGUUUGUGGUUGUAUGAUUCAAUGUUGAAAUGUCAACAUUCUUUCCUUGUGCAUUUGAAAAGAUUUUGAAAUGUGAACAUAGUCAAAAGUCAAUCUUUGAAAAGAAUUGAGCUUGUAUAAGAUGUUCCCUUAUGGACCCUACACCAGCCUUUAA